CGCAAAUCGAAAUCGCAAAUCGAAAUCGCCCGUGUCUAAUCUCGCUCAUUUUUGGACCUCUCGGUCUAAACAGCGCUAUUUCUUUCUCUUCUUUUCUCACCACGUUCUUAAUUCAUCUGAAGUUGAAUUGCCAUGGAUGAAGAGUAUGAUGUGAUUGUCCUCGGUACAGGCCUCAAGGAAUGCAUCCUCAGUGGCCUUCUCUCAGUUGAUGGUCUCAAAGUAUUGCAUAUGGACAGAAAUGAUUACUAUGGUGGAGAGUCUACAUCUCUUAAUCUUACACAGUUAUGGAAGCGGUUUAGAGGAGAUGACCAGCCACCAGAGAACCUGGGCUCAAGUAGAGAGUAUAACGUUGACAUGAUACCUAAGUUCACAAUGGCCAACGGACUUUUGGUUCGUGUACUAAUCCACACUGAUGUUACAAAAUAUUUGAAUUUUAAAGCUGUAGAUGGCAGUUUUGUGUAUAAUAAGGGAAAGAUUUACAAAGUUCCAGCCACAGAUGUUGAAGCACUGAAAUCACCAUUGAUGGGGCUGUUUGAGAAGCGCCGUGCUCGAAAGUUCUUCAUUUAUGUACAAGAUUAUGAAGAAAGUGAUCCAAAAUCUCAUGAAGGGCUAGAUUUGAACGAAGUUACAGCAAGGCAGCUUAUUUCGAAAUAUGGGUUGGAAGAUGAUACAAUUGAUUUUAUUGGUCAUGCAUUGGCACUUCAUAGAGAUGAUAGUUACUUGGAUCAGCCAGCCAAGGAGUUCGUAGAAAGAAUAAAGCUUUAUGCAGAGUCCCUAGCACGUUUUCAAGGAGGUUCACCUUACAUAUAUCCAUUAUAUGGACUGGGAGAAUUGCCUCAGGCAUUUGCACGUUUAAGUGCAGUAUAUGGUGGAACUUACAUGCUCAACAAACCAGAAUGCAAGGUUGAGUUUGAUGAUAAUGGAAAAGCCAUUGGUGUGACCUCUGAAGGAGAAACAGCUAAAUGCAAGAAAGUUGUGUGUGAUCCAUCAUAUCUACCUGAUAAGGUCAAAAAGGUUGGAAAAGUUUCACGUGCCAUAUGUAUCAUGAGCCAUCCUAUUCCAGAUACCAAUGAUUCUCACUCAGCGCAGGUCAUUCUGCCACAACAGCAACUUGGUCGUAAAUCAGAUAUGUAUCUUUUUUGCUGCUCUUAUGCUCAUAACGUAGCAGCAAAAGGAAAAUAUAUUGCUUUUGUUUCAACAGAAGCAGAGACUGAGCAGCCUGAGGUGGAAUUGAAGCCUGGAAUUGACCUUCUUGGACCUGUAGAUGAGAUAUUCUACGACACUUAUGAUGUAUAUGAACCAGUGAACGACUGUGAAGCUGAUGGUUGCUACAUCUCUACUAGCUAUGAUUCCACUACCCACUUUGAGUCUACGGUAAAAGAUGUGCUUACCCUGUACAGUAAGAUCACUGGAAAGGCUGUUGAUCUUUCUGUGGAUUUGAGUGCUGCAAGUGCUGCAGCUGAAUAAAAAUGUUCCUAUAGACUUGCCUAAGUUAAAAAAAGAAAAAAUUUAUUUCAUAUGUUUAUUUCGUGAUUCUUUCUUAGAUAUUCUAAUGGAAAGUGAAUAACUCAUAUAUACUCAUUCUUUUAACUAGGUCUCCUACUUGUUUGCUGGGAUGAAUGUCCUAAUUGUAGGAAUUACAUUUUA